GUAGCAACCAGCCUCAUGCGUCCAAAAUUAUAUCUUCUUUCUCUUCAGGUUCUAUGUGGGGGUGGAGUGAACAACCCAAAGCCUCUGGAGGAAGAGUACAAAUUUGUAUGUACCACAAUCUUCAAUCAAAAUCUGAACAUUUUGGGGAGGGAAUGGGGGUGCGGAGGACGCAGCAAGAGAGAUUCUCUGUAGAUUUUGUGAUGGGAGGAGGGGCAGCGGUGAUAGCAAAGAGCGCAGCAGCGCCCAUUGAAAGAGUGAAGCUUUUGUUGCAGAACCAGGGGGAGAUGUUGAAGAGGGGUCAUCUCAAGAGGCCUUAUAUGGGCGUUGCUGAUUGCUUUUCAAGGGUUCUCAGAGAGGAAGGAGUCUUGGCUUUUUGGAGAGGUAACCAGGCCAAUGUCAUCAGAUAUUUCCCUACCCAGGCUUUCAACUUUGCAUUCAAAGGUUACUUCAAGAGCCUGUUUGGAUGUUCAAAAGAGAAAGAUGGAUACCUAAAGUGGUUUGCUGGAAAUGUAGCUUCAGGAAGUGCUGCUGGAGCAACCACUUCAUUGUUUCUGUAUCACUUGGAUUAUGCACGUACCCGACUAGCUACAGAUGCGAGGGAUGGUCAACGCCAGUUCAAAGGCCUAUUAGAUGUUUACAGUAAAACCCUAUCAACAGAUGGAAUUGCAGGCCUAUAUCGGGGAUUUGGGAUUUCAAUCAUGGGGAUUACUCUAUAUCGAGGCAUGUAUUUUGGUAUCUAUGACACCAUGAAGCCCAUUGUUCUGGUGGGGCCUUUCGAGGGUAAUUUCUUUGCUAGUUUCUUGUUGGGUUGGAGCAUAACAACAGUUUCCGGGGUCUGUGCCUAUCCCUUUGACACUCUACGGAGGAGAAUGAUGCUGACCUCUGGACAACCCUUGAAGUAUCGCAGUACCAUGCAUGCGGUUCUUGAGAUUGUCCGUCUUGAGGGUUUCACUGCACUCUACCGAGGAGCCACUGCAAACAUGCUUCUUGGCAUGGCAGGGGCUGGAGUACUUGCAGGCUAUGAUCAGCUCCACCGAAUUGCCUAUAGACGUGGUUAUGGUUUUGAGCCUCUUCAAAAGGUCUAGAAUCAAAAUCCUGCUCACCAUUUUUAUACUACUAAACCUUUGAAAAUUGGUUCUUACCCACGAAGGUGCUACUGAAAAUUUAACCAAAGAUGAUAACAAAUAAAAUUUAAAAAAAAAAGAGAGAGAGAGAGAGAGAAAGAGAAAAGGAGGCAGAGAGGGGCAAGGACAGGGAAUGCUGGUUUAUUGGGAUGGCUUCCUCACUGAAUGCCUACAGAAGAUCAAAAGCCUUCCAUAUGGUUCACUGUACAGUUGAACAAAACAAAUUAUAUUCAUUUAUUUUUCAAGCAUGAAAAAACAUAAUUGUCCUCCAAUUUGUAUAGCUUUUAUUUUAUGAUGGAAUUUUAGCUAUGGAAAUUGUUUCUCUUUCACGUUGCAAAAUAUUUGUGGUCUCAAAUAAAAAGCAUAAUAAGCAACAGUAAA